AUGACGAUCGUUAAACCGUCGCAGUUCUCAUUCUCCGGCGGAUCUUCGCCGCUAUGUUCAUUUAAAGGAUCACUCCUAACCGUCGCCGUCCUCACUUUCGUUUCCCUCUUCUACCUCUCUCUCAAUUCCCUCCGCACUUCGCCGCCGUCUCCGGUCGUCGUGGGGGCGAUUCAGGUUCCUCAGACCUUUGUCAAGGAAGAGAAUAGAGUCAAUACCGACGGAGACGGCGCCGCACCGGCGGAGGAAGAGUAUUACUCCGAUGUUUAUCACUCGCCGGAGUCGUUCCGGUUGAAUUACGCCGAGAUGGAGAGGCGAUUCAAGGUUUACAUUUACGCCGACGGAGAUCCCAACACGUUUUACCAGACGCCGAGGAAAGUCACCGGUAAAUACGCCAGCGAGGGUUACUUCUUCCAGAACAUCAGAGAGAGUCGCUUCCGUACCCUAGAUCCAGAGGAGGCCGAUCUCUUCUUCAUCCCAAUCUCCUGCCACAAGAUGCGAGGCAAAGGAACAUCGUACGAAAACAUGACUGUGAUUGUUCAAACUUACGUUGAUGGAUUGAUUUCAAAGUACCCUUAUUGGAAUAGAACGUUAGGAGCAGAUCACUUCUUCGUCACUUGCCACGACGUUGGUGUUAGAGCAUUCGAAGGAUCUCCGCUUCUGAUUAAGAAUACGAUUAGGGUUGUUUGCUCACCGAGCUACAAUGUCGGUUUCAUCCCUCACAAAGACGUUGCUUUGCCCCAAGUUCUCCAGCCUUUUGCUCUCCCUGCCGGUGGAAACGACGUUGAAAACCGGACGACGCUUGGCUUUUGGGCUGGUCACCGGAAUUCGAAGAUACGGGUGAUACUUGCUCGUGUGUGGGAGAACGACACGGAGCUGGAUAUUUCGAACAACAGGAUAAACAGAGCAACUGGGCAUUUAGUGUAUCAGAAGAGAUUCUACAGGACGAAGUUCUGCAUAUGCCCUGGUGGUUCUCAAGUCAACAGUGCUCGCAUCACUGACUCGAUCCAUUACGGAUGUGUUCCUGUGAUAUUGUCAGACUACUACGACCUACCUUUCAACGACAUUUUGAAUUGGAGAAAAUUCGCGGUUGUGCUCAGAGAGCAAGAUGUUUAUAACCUCAAGCAGAUACUCAAGAACAUUCCACAAUCAGAGUUUGUUUCGUUGCAUAACAACUUGGUGAAGGUGCAGAAGCAUUUUCAAUGGAACUCACCUCCGGUUAAAUUCGACGCAUUUCACAUGAUCAUGUAUGAAUUAUGGUUACGCCACCAUGUCAUCAAGUACUAA